CUUUAGUACGCGGGCUAACUAACAUCACUUUGUGGUCAGUGUAUACACGCGGACACCUCUUUUCCACAUUCCGCGUAUCCAUCCGCGAUUUUCUUCAACUCGACAACUUCUUUUACCAUCUUAAAUGAUCCGAGAAGUUUAGUGACUACAAUUUCUCCCGGCGAAAGCUUCUGCUCAGUUAUUGUUAAACAAAAGAUAGAGGAUACUUACUGUUAGCGCAUCAAUAAUCUAACCGCUGCUAAGCAGUUUUUGCAAACCAAGUGAAUUUGUGUAUGUACACGACAAGAAGUGAAACUUUUCUCCGGGAAAGAUUUCAAACAGGCUUUGAUGUGUUAUUGACUUCGUGACACAACGAUAUUUCUUCGUUGCAUCUACACGUGAGAUUUAAUGAGCGGUGUUACGAUUGUCAACGGGAAGUUAAACGAACGGCAAGUAAAUCAACGGCGGUGUUACGUUUGAAUAUGUCAACCACUAUUUCGAAGAUAUUGGGCGGAAAUGUCGCGAAUGGGACCAAUUCGAUUUGCGAAAAUUCUCGUGACGUAGAAAAGGGUGAACUCCAUACCGACGCCGUAGGUCUCUCAUCGUCGAUCUGUUCACGGCCGACGUCUUCGUCGCGGACGUCGACGUCGGCCGAGAGCAGGGUCGAGCUUGAGGAUAAACUAAGAGGCAACAAGUCAAAUGUGACGAGCGUAGAGGUGGAAGUGGAAGUGGAAGUCGUUCCGAACAAUGAACCGGCGAUAGGAGCGGGGACGGAGACGACAACAACGACAACGGCCAAGACGAGGACGCGAACGGGAACAGGAACGGAAACGAGCGAGUCUAGUCGGUGGAAGGCAGUCGGCCGGUUGCUUCGCCGCUUGGCGCUCAUCAUGCUUCUGUUGGCGGGUUUGGUCGCCUGCUUGACUCUGCUCGUCAUGUACGCGGGCCCCAUUUCUCUCGUGCAGCUGUUUGUGGUUGUUCUCGUCGCGUAUUUAGUCUCCGGAGGACGAUUUAGAUGGUUCUACGUCGCCUUCAAGACUCUGCCCAGAGAUUUCAAAGCCGUCGCGGGAUACGUAAAACUUCUUUUCACUAUUCGCUGCCACGCAAGGAAGGAUCGAACCGUCGCAGAUGUAUUCCGACAAUGUGCUUCUCGACACCCCAAUAAAGUUUGUUUUAUUUAUGAAGAUGAAGAAUGGACGUUUCAACAGGUGGAGGAAUACAGUAAUAAAAUCGCCACGUUAUUCAAAUCAUAUGGAUUCCGUCGAGGGGACUUGGUCGGUUUACUUUUGGAAAAUCGUCCGGAAUUCGUUGCGAUAUGGCUAGGUCUAAGCACGCUGGGAGUAAUAGUGCCCCUGAUCAACACUAAUCUUCGUAAAACUGCUCUUUUGCAUAGCAUCAACGUGGCCAAAUGUCAAGCGCUUAUUUAUGGAGCAGACUUCGUGGAUGCUUUGUCAGAUAUUGUGGACUCACUGGACUCGAAGUUUGCACUGUACAGACUUGGUGACUUACCAAACCCGAAAACAUCGAUACUAAAGGACAAAGAUUUAAUUGCUCUACUGUCCGAUGUUUCUCCUGCUCCACCAGUUCUUCAAGAAAAACCUUCUCACAACGAUAAAUUAUUGUAUAUUUUUACCAGUGGAACGACUGGUCUUCCAAAAGCUGCAGUUAUAACAAAUUCAAGGUAUAUGUUUAUAGCAACUGGAAUUUUUAUGAUGGCACAAUUCAAAAGUACAGAUAGAUUUUAUACGCCAAUGCCGCUGUAUCAUACUGCUGCUGGUGCAAUGACCAUAGGUGCAGCUGUUCUUCAUGGAGCAACGGUGGUCAUUAGGAAGAAGUUUUCAGCAAGUGCCUACUUUGCUGACUGCAUUAAAUAUAAUUGUACAGUUGGUCAAUAUAUUGGAGAAAUGUGCAGAUACAUUUUGGCUGUACCUCCAAAACCAGAAGAUAAGAAACAUAAUAUUAGACUGAUGUUUGGUAAUGGUUUGAGGCCACAAAUAUGGCCUGAGUUUGUUGAACGCUUUAAUAUUCCGAGAGUUGCUGAAUUUUAUGGAGCAACCGAAGGAAAUGCUAAUAUUGUAAAUACUGACAAUACUGUUGGAGCCAUUGGUUUUGUGUCUCGUAUCAUUCCAUCAGUUUAUCCUAUCUCUAUUUUAAAAGCAAAUUCUGAUGGUGAACCCAUAAGGAAUGCAAAAGGUUUAUGUCAAGUAUGUGAACCAAAUGAACCAGGUGUUUUUGUUGGCAAGAUUCUUCCCAAUAAUCCAUCUAGAGCAUUUUUAGGAUAUGUAGAUCAAAAGGCAUCUGAAAAGAAAGUAGUCCAUGAUGUGUUUAAAAAAGGAGACUCAGCGUUUAUAUCUGGUGACAUUUUAAUAGCAGAUGAGUUCGGUUAUUUAUACUUUAAGGAUAGAACAGGUGAUACUUUUAGAUGGAAAGGUGAAAAUGUAUCUACAUCCGAAGUUGAAGCUAUUAUUAGUAAUGUUGUUAAUUAUAGAGAUUGCAUUGUGUAUGGCGUUGAAGUUCCAGGUGUUGAAGGUAAAGCUGGAAUGGCAGCAAUAUAUGAUGAAAAUAACACAUUAGAUAUGAAUAAAUUAUCAGUUGAUCUAAAAGGAUAUUUAGCAUUUUAUGCAAUACCUAGAUUUAUUAGAAUUUUAACAAAGAUCGACCUCACAGGUACGUUCAAAUUAAAAAAGAAAGAUCUUCUGGAAGAUGGUUACGAUCCUAGAAGGACGAAAGACAAAUUAUACUAUUUGAGUGAAAAGUCUGGGUAUCAGUUAUUAACUGUUGAAGUCUAUGAACAAAUUUUAGAAAAGAAAAUCCGUUUUUAAGUUACGUUUUUGAGAAGUAAAUGAUCAUGGGAACAAUUUUCACAACUUUUUAUAAAUGUGCGCCACUAAGGUAAAAAAAGGACUUUUAACCUUAUUAUGUUAAUUCAAAAAAAUUACUUUGUACUAAAGUAUUUUCUUAUAGUAAUUAAAUUAUUCUAAUUCCUGCUCCAUUAUUUUUCUAAUAUAAUUUUGUAUGAGCUUAUAUCAUGUAAAACUAAAUAACAAUAAUGUAUGAAAUACAUUACAUGAAAACAAGAAUGAGGGAUUUUUUACUUAAAAAUAAAUAAGUUUUAUGUUUUCAGAAUUAAAUUUAACAACAUUUUCUUUUCACGUAUAAUAACAUAAUACACAUACUUGAUUUUUCAUAAUACUCACCAUAAAAAUGUAAAGUAUCAUUUUAUUUUCAAGUUAAAAAUCUUUCAUUCUUUAGUUACAUCACAUUUUGUAAUAAGAAUAAUAUUUACAAAAAUGUUUUUAUAUUUGGAGGAGUGGAAUAUAUAAUAAUAUGUUGUAGUCAAAAUGUAUUACUGUAAAGUUUACAUGUACCUUAAAGAUCAAAUUUCAUACAAGUUGCUAAUUCUUAAAUGUUACAAUAUCACAAAGAGUAAAUACGUAUUUUAUAACAUAAAUUGGAUAUAAUUUUUAGUUUAAAAUCUAAGCAAUGUUAAAGAUGUUAUACU